ACCGGAGCAGGAAACACAACACAGGAAGAAACACAACAUAGAUGAUUAUGUCAUAUGGCUAAGGUUUUUAUGCAAAUUAUUUCAUUACAAAGUGAGUAUUUGAAAACUAUUUGACAUGAUCACAUAUUGAUAAGAAGCUGAACAAAAACAGCUUUUUGAUGCGUUGUCAGUUGAGUGUCAUUGAAUGUCACCGUAAACACGUGAACUGUGUGCUGCCACUCACCACAUCAACAAUGCUGGACUUAGGUUAUUUGAUUAUUCACAGAGCUGUGCAAAUCAACACACCAAUCCGAAAAAUCUUCUGAUGAACCAACGUGAUAGUCAGCAGCAGUGUCAGUGGUGUCACAGUGUAACACUUACUGCCUUAACUCAGGAUGCACUCGGAUCUGUCACCCCAUUUACACACUGACGAGUGCAAUCAACUGAUAACACUUCUCAAACAAUGCCACAAGGAGCACAAUGUCCUCAGGUUCUUCGGCACGUGUAAUGACUUGGACCGUGCGAUGCGAGAUUGUCUCAAGAAAGAGUAUCAGGCAAAGAGGGAAUGCAGCAAAGUCCACGCAGCAGAAAUGAGACAGCGUCUAAAGGACGGACCAAAAGAGCAUCCUUAACAUCAAGACAGCUGCCUUGCAGUACAGACUCCAGACAUGACCUGGCCUCCGGUGCCUGGACACUAUAUAUCUGAAAUGCUGUUCUCUGAGGACAUAUAGAGUAACUUAUUACUGACUAUAUACAGUAAGGCAAGGUGGUUCAAUUUGUGCUUUGUCAGCUUUUAUCAUGUGAUACUUCAAAGUAUGUAACAUGAAAGCUUGUGUACUAAUAUAUUGCUUUAAAUAAAACUUUAAUUGUUUU